UCUGUGGUUUAACUUAUGCCAAAGAAGGGGCUAUCACAGCUUAAACAUAAAAUUAAUAGUGAUCUCUUCUUCAACACCUUUGCCUCUACCAAGCUGUUAUCUACCAUGGGAGACCGAGAAGACAUGCUAGCCCAGAUGAAGGUGCACAAUGACAAGUUUAUGGCAGCUUUUGCCAACAAUGAUCCCGAUUCAAUUGGACCACUCUACACCACUGACUGCAAAGUAAUGCCGACUGGGCAAGAUGUCAUUGAAGGAAGAGAAGGUUGUGUUGGAUACUUUGGCUCUGUAAUGAAGGACUUGGAUGUGCGCAAGUGUGUUGUAAUUGUUGAUGAAGUCGGCCCCUGUGAUGGGGAAACUGCAUACGAGAGGACUCACUUCCAGAUGUACAAGAGUGAUGGAUCUCAAAUUAUUGAUGGAAAGUAUGUUGUAAUUUGGAAGAAGGUUGAAGGAAAAUGGAUGUACUACAUUGAUAUCAUGAACUCCAACAACUAAUAUAAGCUAUAUACGUACCGUCAAGAGAAUUUACAGUGUGUACUGUUAGUGGCUAUAUAGAUUAUAUGAAAGUAACUUGGUAAUUAUAUCGUAAUUAUCAUACUUGUUAUACUGUCUUCAUGUUACAUUACAUAUAAUUUUAAUUUGCUAUAAACCA